CUCUCCUUGUCCUCUGAGGUCUGCUAGACAUUUAUCUUCAAAUAAUUAUCAAUAAUGGAAAGAAAAAACCCACAACACUGGGGGCUUUACACACGGGGUCACGCGCCGUUUAAGGGUAACGUGCAUAUGCUCGACGUACCGGAACCAAAACACAAAGAGACCGGAAGUCGAGUUCAGGAAGCAAAUGAAGACGCAAGUGGCGGGAAUGAGCCAAACAGAAAAUUAAAGCCUGAUCUUCUAUUUGAGCCUGUUUCUCCGUAACGUCGUCAGGAUUAAUAGCAGGCCAGGCAUGAGCAGCGCACACCUGGACGAAUGGCAGAGGAGGUCCUUUGACAUUUCAUCUGGCAGCUGUGCGCCUGAACAGAAGGCAGAUGCCUACCGAGCCUACCUCCUAUCCAUUCAGUAUGCAUGGGCAAACUCGCAGCUCUCCCGGGCCAGCGUGGCCAGCCUGCUCAGGACCUACUCUGAGAGGUAUGCUGCAGUCCUGGACUCAGAUGACCCCCGCACUGGGCUUAACAACUAUGCAGAGACCACGCUCCACUUAGUCCGGAAUCAGAAGAACCACAGUGACAAAUGGGAGUCUUCCCUCAGCAUGGACAGUGUGCUGCAGCUGCCUUCUGUGCAGCAGAUGAACGCAAAAAGAGCUGCAGUGAACUUCCCAGUCACGCCAGCAGAUGUCAACAGAACUGUGGGACAAGAAAUCAAAACUGUCCAUCCUUCUAGGCCCCGUACUGAAGACAAGCCAGAGGUGCCGUGGUCCAAAACCAUGACACCACAGAAGCCUUAUUUAAGCGUUAACUCUGCCAGUAACCUUACUGUUAGCUUUCCUGAAAGGCCCAGAACAUCUGGCAGUUCAAAUGCAUACUUUCAACCUCCAGUUCGACCUCAGUCUUCUUCAGCUUUCCCACAGGGAAACCCUGGAACCGAAGGCCCACAGAAUUAUCAGUCUUCCUUCUUUCCUACCUCCAACCCAACUAAAAGGAAGAAUUUUUACAAGCACGAUCAAUGUGACAAUGUCAGAGGUCAACAGGGAGACGAAGGAGGCCCCAGCCUGCGACUAGGAAGCAACUUCAAAACGGCGCGUGAGCAAUUUAUUGUUGAUCAACAGAAAAAAUGUUCUCAGCAGUCGCGGGGAGCCCAGGCCUUUGGGAUGACUGCAACUGUGAAGAAAUCUCUGGGCGCCAACAGGCCUCGGGGCACAUUCUCAAAAUUUGUGUCACCCAUCCCACGACAGGAGGAUGAAGACAAUGCGGCAAGUCAAAGUUCCACACAGGAACCUCCAAUCCUGGACGAGCGUCUGAAAAACUUUGAGCCAAAGAUAAUUGAGCUGAUCAUGAGUGAGAUCAUGGACCACGGGCCUCCCAUUGGCUGGGAUGACAUCGCGGGGCUGGAGUUUGCCAAGAACACCAUCAAGGAGAUAGUGGUCUGGCCAAUGCUCCGACCUGAUAUCUUUACUGGUCUCAGAGGGCCCCCCAAAGGUAUCCUGUUGUUCGGGCCCCCAGGAACUGGAAAAACUCUUAUUGGAAAAUGCAUUGCUUGUCAGUCAGGCGCCACUUUCUUUAGCAUCAGCGCUUCGUCCCUUACAUCCAAGUGGGUGGGUGAAGGAGAAAAAAUGGUGCGAGCCCUAUUUGCCAUUGCUGGCUGUCACCAACCUGCCGUCAUCUUCAUCGAUGAAAUCGACUCCCUGUUGUCCCAGCGUACAGACGGGGAGCACGACUCUUCGCGCAGGAUCAAGACAGAGUUCUUGGUUCAACUGGACGGUGCAGCCACUGCAUCAGAGGACCGCAUCCUGGUGGUGGGGGCCACUAACCGGCCCCAGGAGAUUGAUGAGGCCGCUCGCAGACGUUUGGCCAAGCGGCUCUAUAUCCCCCUUCCUGAAGCAGCAGCCCGACGGCAGAUAGUGUUCAACCUCAUGGCCCAAGAGAAAAGCCAGUUGAGAGAGCCGGAGCUGGAAAGCGUGGUGAGGGCCACAGAGGGCUUCUCCGGCGCUGACAUGACGCAGCUCUGCAGGGAGGCAGCUUUGGGACCAAUUCGCAGCAUCCAGCUUAGUGACAUCGCCACCAUCACUGCAGAUCAGGUGCGGCCGAUUCUAUUCAGUGACUUCCAGGAGGCUCUGAAGACUGUUCGACCCAGUGUCUCUGCCAAAGACCUGGAGCUCUAUGAGGAGUGGAAUCAGACUUUUGGAUGUGGACGCUAAACCAAACUUUUAUUUUGGUGUGUGUGUGGGGGGGGUUCGCUGCUGCUCAGUGUUUGUAGUGCAACCAUUAAUGAUGCUGCAUUCCUCUUUAAUGGACACCUGAAUCCAAAUGUUUCAGUUAAACUCUAUCAAAAGAACUUUGAAAAGGUUUUUAACACUUUCAAACUCUGAAUUAACCCCGUUAUCAUUAUUCACUUCAUUUGAAUAGUUUUGUCUAUUUCUCAUUUUCUAGAAAUCUGUAAAAGCAUUUCUGUUAUGCUGUAAAAUAUAUAUUAAAGUGUAACUCUUUGAAA